CUAGAAAAGGGGCGGUGCUAAGAGGAGGAGCGCAGGGGAGCUGUUAGAGGUGGGAGUUGGAGCUGCGGGCCUGGAGGGGGCAGCGGAGCUGCGAUGCGGACGGGGCAGCGCCGGUGAACGGAGCUGCAGCCCGACAUGAACUCGCUGGAGCAGGCAGAAGAUCUCAAGGCUUUUGAGAGGAGACUUACUGAAUAUAUUCAUUGUUUGCAACCUGCCACUGGACGUUGGAGAAUGCUUCUUAUAGUGGUAUCUGUCUGUACAGCUACUGGUGCCUGGAACUGGUUAAUAGAUCCCGAGACGCAAAAGGUGUCCUUCUUCACAUCAUUAUGGAACCAUCCAUUUUUCACCAUUAGCUGUAUCACUCUAAUAGGCUUGUUCUUUGCUGGAAUACACAAGAGAGUAGUUGCACCGUCAAUUAUAGCUGCUCGAUGUCGAACUGUAUUAGCAGAGUACAACAUGUCUUGUGAUGAUACAGGAAAACUAAUUUUGAAACCUAGGCCUCAUGUUCAAUGACAAUCUGCACUCAUUGUUAUGGGACUUAAAACAACCUUUCUUCAAAAAGUGAUACAGCAAAAAGCCAUAAAGGAUUGCUUUUACAGUUGGAUAUGUGAACGUCAUAGCAACAACUGACAAGAAAUGUGCAAUGUUUACCCAGAUUAUCUUCAUGGUGGUGACUCGCGUAAUCAGUGCUUUGGUACCUUUGAUUAUUUGUGUUUCAGUAUUAGUGUCACUUUAGUACUUCAGAUCCUGCAAAGAUUUUUGCAGAUGAAGUAUGUAUGUAUGUUACUAAGUUAAACUUAGAAACAGAACCUCAUCCAGUUUUUAUAAUGUAUUUUUGUAAACUACUGUAAAUAGCAAAUCAAUGCCAGUGUUAAAAAGGAAACGUUAUGUGGACUUUGUUCUCCUGCACCAGUGUUUCAGGAACAUCUGCUUGCCAUCUCCACAGCUCUUUAAAACCAGCUAUUACGUAUAGCUGUGCCUUUCACUCUUACACUUCUCUCUUUUAAUCAUAAUGCAGGAAAAACAUUGGAUUGAGCUAAGACUAAGGAAAAUUCAUCUCCAUUAUGUUUUAAGAAAUUAUAGGUGUUUUGAGAAACAGUUUUUGUUAAAACUAGAUAGUGAACUUCAGCCACUAUUGUGAUAUUUUCCAGUUCAUUGUUUUCAUUUAAUGCUAAAUAUACUUUAUAUUUUUUUAAUGAUUUUAAGAACACUCCAAAGGCUUCUGAAUAGACAAGUUUAGUUAUAAAUUAUGUAUUGUCUGGGGAAUUUGAUAGUCAUUGUUUUAGAUAAUGGGAUUUUAUGCUGUGGUAGACGUGCUGUUACACUAGUAUUGUGCAGGUGUGAUUGAUCAGCCACACCAUCACAGGGACAACGGGAGCAGUGCCACAAACUAGAGUCUACAAUUCUCACUGUUUAGAGAGUGUUAAUGACAUACUGUGUAUGCAUAUUAGCCACAUAUACUAUAACAGCCCUUAAAAUUAAACUAUUGGGAUUGCUGUAAAUAUUUUAAAGAACUGGAGGUGCCUUUUACCUGUUUAUUAGAAGAUUUUGAAAGGUUUAAAUUAUUUUAUGAGCAAUCUUUUAAAUUUCAUUUAACAUAAGGCUGAAAAUUCAAAAACAGGACAAAAAACCUUUUUAACAAGGCUGCCAUUUAUUUUAAAUGUGUCCAUCUUGGCUUUCACGUGUAUAAAAUUUCAUUCUUUGAACUGCAGCAAUAAACCCCUCUGCUCCUACGAAGUUUUAAGAGGGUAUUCCAUAUAUUCUGCAUUGUUUUAUUUCCUGUAAAUUUUGUAGGUAAAUAUGUGCAUAAAAAUAAAUACUUUAUAUAUAUUUAGUGA